CAGGACGUCCGGCUUCCAGCUCGUAACUUUAGUACUGUUAGCAACCAAAGAGAGAAUUAAAUAUGGGUGAUAUUGAGAAAGGCAAGAAGAUUUUUGUUCAGAAGUGUGCCCAGUGCCAUACUGUGGAAAAAGGAGGCAAGCACAAGACUGGACCAAAUCUCCAUGGUCUCUUUGGGAGGAAGACAGGUCAGGCUUCUGGCUUCUCUUACACAGACGCCAAUAAGAACAAAGGCAUAACCUGGGGAGAAGAUACACUGAUGGAGUAUUUGGAGAAUCCCAAGAAGUACAUCCCUGGAACAAAAAUGAUCUUCGCUGGCAUUAAGAAGAAGGGAGAAAGGGCAGACUUGAUAGCUUAUCUCAAAAAAGCUACAAAUGAGUAAUAGAUGGCCAUUGCCUUAUUUAUUACAAAAGAGAAAUAUCUCACGGCUUUUUUUUAUGUGUACCAUAAUUUAAUUGGUCUCAUUUACCAGAAUUCAGAUCAUGAAUGAGUGACAGAAUAUUUUUGUUGGACAGUCCCCGUUUAACUAAGUCUGGCUUGUGGUUAAAUGAAUAUGAUCGGUUUUUUGGAUUUUGAUAGUGAUUCCAGUUCAGUAAAUGCAUCACUGUUUUCCAUUUCUAAAGAUAUGUUCAUAUUUAAUUAGCAAUGUUUACCUUUUCACAAAGAUAGUAAAUUGCCAUCCCAAAGCCUAUUGAAGAUUGGUUUUAUAUUAAGAUUUAUAUAACUGAUUAUGUGAAUAUAUUUAAAUACUGGGGAAAUCUCCUCACUGUCUCAGAACCAAGCAAGACUCACUGAUGUUUUAAUUGGUGUUCAUUAGCCUGUUAAAGGUGAGGGCUGGAGAGAGGGUAGCAAUGUUUACUUUGUACUUUUGAUCUUUAUCACGCCAAUAUAAUUUCCCUGGGUCUACUAAAAUGCUGCCUUUUAUUUAUUGAAAGGCAUUUUAGUGUGGUUUAUGUGUAAUGUCAAAUAAAAAAUAUUUAACAUUUAUUUUAUAGACAAUCUAUAAGGUCAUGCUUUGAAAAGUCAAUAUGUCAAGAAAUGGCAAAUUAAACUUUUGAAUUAUUUACUACCUAAGUCAGGUUAAGUUAUAAUUUGGGAUUGUCUUUCAGCAACUCUUCAGAAACACAUAAAACUGUGUAACAACUAUAUGUGUGUGAUUAGUAAUGGUGCUUUUGCCAACUCAUUACGUGAAUUAGAAGAGAUAUACACAGAUUUUAAAAUGAUGUGUGAUCAUAACAUAAUUAAAAACAAAAAUCACAGA